AGAUCAGUCAGUGGCAACCCUCUAGGAGAGCAAGACCAGUGCUGAGGCAACACAAGUGUGCCACAUGGAUUUUUUACUGUAUCUUUCAGCGAUAUUAGGAGCCCUCCUAAUAUGGCUGCUAUUCCCAGACAGAAAGAGCAGGAUGGCGAGAAAGAUCCCAGGCCCUAAAGCCUGGCCUAUAGUUGGAAACAUUUUCAAUUUUGUCGUUAUGGGACCAAAAGCACCAGAAAAUUGGAAAGAAAGCAUGAAAAUAUAUGGAAAUACAUUUCGGGUUUGGCUUGGACCUCAAUUACACCUUUUUCUGGUCGAUCCAGAUGACAUUCAAAUGAUUUUGUCAAGCCAAUCUUUAAUUACAAAAUCAUGGAGUUACAACGAUUUAGUGCCUUGGUUGGGGAGUGGUCUGCUUAUAAGCACAGGUAAACUAUGGCAGAUGAGAAGAAAAGCUAUUACACCUACCUUUCACUUCAAGAUCCUAGAUGAGUUUGUUCCUAUUUUUUAUAAAUGUUCUAAGACUCUUGUAGACUGUAUUAAGGAUAAAGUUGGGCAAGAACCAUUCCACUUAACUGAAUACAUCUCAAACUGUGCUUUAGACGCAAUUGCAGAGACAGCUAUGGGCACUGAGCUUAAAGCACAAACCAAUCCAGAUUCAGAGUAUCCAACCAGUUUAUUUAGAAUGACUUCUGCUCUCAUGGAGAAAAUUGCUAAUCCUCUACUGGGUAUGGAACCAGUGUAUACUCUCUCAGGUCGGAGAAAGGAAGAAUCAGAUCUUCUCAAAAUACUUUUUUCACUUCCAAGGGAGGUGAUAAAAGGUAAAAGAUAUUCUAAAGUUAAUCAAAACGGUACCACUCCAUCAGAUGAAGCAUUAGGUAUUAAGAAAAGGACAGCUUUCUUACAGCUUCUUCUUGAAAUGAAAGAAAAAAAUGCUCCUGCUUUUCAAACAGAUGGAGACGUCCAAGAUGAAGUUAUUACAUUUAUGUUUGAGGGCCAUGAUACAACAACAAUGUCUUUAACUUUUACAACCUGGCUUCUUGGAAUGCAUCCAGAUGUACAGGAAGAAUUAUACCAGGAAGUGUCUAGUAUUCUCCAAGAUAAAGAAGAGCCAUCAAUGGAAGACUAUAACAAAAUGGUCUAUUUGGAACGAGUCAUUAAAGAGAGUUUAAGAUUGUAUCCAUCAGUUCCAAUUAUAGGACGAGAGGCUAUUGAAGAUGUUUUUUUGCCAUCAAGUGGAUUCUUAAUUCCAAAAGGAACACAGAUCACGAUGGCUAUCUAUGCGUUACACAGGAGGGAAGAUCUAUUUCCAGAUGCAGAAAAAUUCAAUCCAGAUAGAUUCCUUGAGCCACAAAAACAUCCGUAUGCCUACAUACCAUUCUCAGCUGGGCCAAGGAAUUGUAUAGGUCAAAAAUUUGCAAUGCUAGAUAUGAAGGUGAUCAUUUCUAAUCUGGUUCUUCAUUACAAAAUAAAAUCCAAGAAGGAUAUCUUACCCAGUCCAGAAAUGCUUCUUCGCUGUGAAAAUGGACCUUAUAUUAGCAUAACACCUCGAAAUUGAC